AUGAAAAAAUCUAUUAUUGUAUUGCUCGCUCUGUCUUUGUAUGUUAAGACACUUUUAGGCACGCAAAUAGAAAGGAAUAUUAAUAGCCAUUUUACAAAUAAAACUGAUAUAGAUCCACAACUAGUUAUUGCUGUGAAUAAACCCCACAUUAUGAAUAACUUCAAUACUUAUGAAAAUAAUGAAGAUCAAAUGAAUGAAGAAAAAGCUAAGGCAGAAAAUUUUAUAAGGGCCGCAAAGGAAUUACUACAUAUAAUCGAAGAAAAUAAAAAUGAAUUACUAGGAUAUAGCAUAGCUAAGGAACUUGGAUUAGAAAUUAAAACCGAAAUUAUGAAUGGAAAUGAUGAAAAUGUUUUAAAAUUAUUAUUAAAUAAUAAAAAUAGUGGAUUAAAAAACACAAAACCAGGUGCUGCACCUGUAAUAGUAAUGCUGCCCCAACACUUAUCUAAUGAAGAAUUGCUUUACUACAAUAAUUACGUUUUCAAGAAAAAUGUUAAAAACACAAAAAAUUUAUUAUUGAAAGUUUCCUAUUUAGAAAAAAUAGCAAAAAUUAAAAGUAUAAAAAAAAACGAAACUAUUGAUGAAUUAGAAAAAACAGCAGAGAAUAUAGAAAGGUGCCUAUCACGGAAGCAAGCUAUUGAAGACAAGUUGGAGGAAAUACUACAUGCCGAUUAUCAGAUGAACAACAAAAACAUUAAACGGUUAAAAGGGGAAAUGGACUUUUUAAAUAUCAAAAUAAAUGUUUUGAGACAAAAGACCAAGAAAUUACAUCUUGUAAAUUAA